AUGAUACCCUCAAAACCCCUGCCUUACCCAGACUGCUGGAGCGACCCUGACGAAUAUGUCGAGCGGCUCCUGGAGUUCGCGACCACCUCAGAGACCUUCCAGAUUCUAUGCGGAGGCGUCCACAUCCUGGACUUUUUCACGAGCGAGCCGAGUCUCUUCAGCAGCGUCGUGCCGCCAGACUGGCAAGCUUUCAUCCUCCAAUGUGAUUCUAUGAGAUUACUAGACCUCCUCAUGAGAGACGACCUCGAUGCGCUCGAGGAACAGGAACCCAGGCCGCCUGAGAGUCUUCUGGGGUAUAUCAGGGACAUACGGCGGUUUGCGUUGGCUCGCGAGUGUUCUUCAGAUGAGGACAAACUGCCGAAGCUGACGCGCCAGGUCUCGGUUGGCAUGAAGCCGAAGAAGAUCCACGAGGUGAGGAACUUUGCAAGCUACGUGGGCAAACUCAGCGAUGAUAUCGCAGCCGAGUGCCACCAGAAAAUCACGCAUUUCGUUGAUUUCGGCAGCGGCCAAAACUACCUUGGACGGGCUUUGGCCAGUGCGCCGUACAACAAGCAGAUUGUCGCGGUGGAAGGCAGAGAACACAACAUCGCCAGUGCUAAAGAGCUCGACAUGUUUGCCGGCGUAUCUGAGAAACCCAAGAUAAUGCGGAACAAGAAACUCUUUCUGCAGCAACUCGACAGCAUGACUCCUGAGGACAAGUUGGAUCCGAAGGCGCUGAGGAGAGCUGCGAAGGCGCUCAAGAUUUCCGAGGACCAUGUCCCCGAUUUCCGGCCCAGAGCGGACUUCGAACAACCCGUAUACGCCCCUGAGGAGGGCAAAGGCUUCAUACGCUAUGUUACGGGACGAUUAGAGUCUGGCGACCUGGCAGAUGUUGUCGGUCAAUUAGAGGAGAAGUCCUUGAUUGACAACAACCGGGACCAGAAGGAUUUACGUCUCAUGGCCAUCUCGAUCCAUUCAUGCGGUAACCUGUCUCAUCACGGCAUACGCUCGUUGGUAUUGAAUCCACACGUCCGAGCCAUCGCCAUCGUAGGCUGUUGCUAUAACCUCAUGACCGAGAAACUAGGCCCUCCUACCUACAAACAUCCCUACAUGAGACCCAGUCUCCAAGCCAUGAACGGCCGUGUGCUUAGGGAGUCAGCAAAGCGAGACCCUGAAGGGUUCCCCAUGAGUGAACGACUGUGCACCUAUCAAGGCGAUGGUGUUCGUCUGAACAUCACCGCGCAAAUGAUGGCGUGCCAGGCCCCGCAGAACUGGUCAGAGGCCGAGAGCGAUGCCUUCUUCAACCGACAUUACUUCCGCGCCGUGCUGCAGAAGAUCUUCCUCGAUCGGGGGGUCAUCGGGAAGAUCUACCACCACAACGGAGGAGGCGAAGCACCACAAGAAAGCGCCGCCGACGACGGCUCACCGCAGAGUAGUCCGUUCAACACAAGCACCAACCCGGUCAUCAUCGGCUCCCUCCGCAAAGCCUGCUACACCUCGUUCCAGGCCUACGUGAGAGGAGCAAUAACAAAACUGACCACCAACUCCGAGUACCACUCCUACAGCGCCACGAUCCGCGAGAAGAUGGGCAGCAUCACCGACGACGAGAUCACGCGGUACGAGGCCGUCUACGGCCCGCGGAAGCGGGAGAUCAGCGCGGUGUGGAGCCUGAUGGCAUUCAGCGCCGUCGUCGUCGAGUCGCUGAUCGUGACGGACCGGUGGCUAUUCCUCCGGCAGCACUCGGAUCUCGUCAAGCACUGUUGGGCUGAGACGGUCUUUGACUAUCGGGAGAGUCCCCGAAAUCUGGUGGUUGUCGGGAUCAAGCGACCUGAUUGA